CCCGCCCGCCCCGGCAGCAGCCAUGUGUCUGCUCAAGUGCGAUUAACACCGACUUGCCAAAUCCCUCCCCGCCCACCCCCGGGGGCCAUUUGGGCCAUGCACGCGUCCGCGCCCCGUGUUUACACAGCGGCGCCUUCGCGCGGAGCCUUUUUGUCGAUGGCGCUGGCAAAUGAGCCGGGGGAGGUGGGCUCCGCGGCCCGCAGCGGCCGCCGCCGGCUAUAAAAGCCUGAGGGCCCGGGGCGGGCAGGGCCAGGCGAGCGGCCGCGGAACCGGCGGAGGAUGGAGGGCGGAGGGACGGGGUGCGGCUGCCCCCGCCCGCCCUCGCCGCCGAUGCCCCCGCAGGGGCAUUCGCCCCUCUCCUCCUCUUCCUCCUCCUCCUCCUCCUCCCUAACGCUCCUGCCCUUGCCCCGCAGGUCCGCGCCCUUCUGGAGGCCCUGGGUGCCCGCGCCCGGUGAGGCGGGCCGGCGGAGCGGCCGCGGCCCCGGCGCGCCUCACAGCCCCCGCGGGCUGGCGGACGCCUCCCCGAAGCCGGCGCAGUACACGCACCCCGUCAGACUAUUUUGGCCCAAAUCAAGGUGCUAUGAUUACUUAUACCAGGAAGCUGAAGCACUUCUGAAGAACUUUCCAGUUCAAGCUACAAUUUCCUUUUAUGAAGACUCGGAUAGUGAAGAUGAUGAAGAUGAACUGGAACAAGAUUCAAGAACAGAAUCAGACUGCUGAUUGCAGAAAAGGCCAAUGCAACUUCUAAGACUUAAUUUAAACUUAAUAUAAAAAUGUAUUAUAGUAUUUUUAAAGAUAAUUUAUUUGUAUGUAAGUUAUUCUUAAUAAAACUGAAAUGUCUUGCAAUUUUAUCUGAGCCUUUUUCCUUUGCUCUAUUCCUGUCCUGUUUUAGGCAGGGAAGGCAUUGAUUAUUUUUUAUCUGAGGUCCUGUAUUUUGUAGACUGUAACUUUGGAUGUCAAUCGGAGAACAGAUGCCUCGCUUUAAAGGGCUCUAUGGUUACAUGUGACUUCCUCAUAGUUUGAGGACACAAGGAGAGCUUUUUCAUUGUGAUUUAGUAGGCUCCAUGGGGAAGCAUACCAAGGAAUCAUUGGAUUAAGUAUUGUAAUGUUGUGCCUGCUGUUACAACGGGGUUUCAAACACGGAAAAGAAGUGAUAUAGCUGUUUUCCAGAUAGAGAGAAGGGUCUAAAUUCUACUCUAGUUUUUGCUGUUAAAGAAGGGGUUUGCCUUAAGUCACUCACACUCUCUCGUGUACAUGAGCUGUAUUGUUAUACAUACAGUAUGGGACUAUCAGUUUUGUUU